UGUUUAUAAAUAUUAAAUGUUAUGUAUAACUUAAAUAAAUAAUUAUGUGUAGGUAGUAGGUACCUAUAUCGAAUUUUUGUAGUUUGGUGUAAUCAAAUAAGAUGCCUCCUGGCUCCUACUGCUUUAGUUGACAGUCAAAUAUAUAGAUAGUUACUAUUACUAUAAUACAUCUAUUAUAGCUGUAUAAGUAGAAUAUUAAGCAUUUAUGCUAAUUGAAAAUUAAUUAUACACAGAACUACCAAAGUGAAAGUAGGUAGGACUUCAUACCUAGACUCAGUAGGUAGGUACUCACUAACCAGAAAUCAUUAUGAUCGUAGGUACUUCGUACAUACCACAUUAUACGACAUACCCCAUGGCCCAUACUGUGUACGUAUAUAAUGACAACCUAAUAAUAUUAUGUACCUACUUACGUUCUCAGUACUUUGCUUAUAGGACUAUAGGUAAAUACAAUGUUAUAUUGUAUAUAGACCAUAGACCAUAGACGUAUAAGAUAUAUUAUUAUAUUAUUCGAUGUUUUUAGUCGUUCUAAUAGCUUUGCAGGUGGUAGGAAUUAAACGCAAAAUAAAUCCAGUAGGUAAUAUUAAUGAAGUAGUCGAUUGUCGGUAGAGUGGUGGACAAUACUUAAUUAUUAUAAUUUAUAUGUACCUAUAAUAUAAUACUGCAGCGUAGAAGUUAAGACACGUUACUCUGCAGUACCUACAACCUACCUCUACUAUUGUGUUAAAUAUAAAAAUAUUUAGUUCCGUAUUAGUAUUUUUAUUAUAAAUUAUGUAUAGUAGCUAACAACCGUGAGUAUUUUAAUUUUAAACAUAGUUUAAUACGCUGCUAAAGUGCUAACCUAACCUUGCGGGAAUUAUAAUAUUUCUAAGUUUUACUGAAGACUGAAGUACCUAUGUAAAAUGUUGUAAUAAGUGUAUUAGGGACAUUUAAAAAAAUACAUAAUACAGUUCGAAUAUUCUAAUAAUUUAGUAUUUCAUUUACUCAGAAAUUAAUAUAAUGUCUCACUAUAAGAUGCCAAUUGCUGAAUACGUGUACACAGAACACUUCGAAGAAAUGGACGUAGCUGAAGAUGUUUAUUCGACAUUUGCUGACAAGAAGAACACUAACGAUCAAUUUCUGUACGUACAUGGAUUACUAAAAGAAUAUAGUUGGUUACCUACAAAGUGUGAUGGUUAUAUAAGACUAUCACAGGGUCAUCGGCGAUGGAGAAAACGGCUGAAAAAAAACCUCAAAAAACUAGGAGUAUUCAUAAAUAUGGAUUGUACCACAGCAAACAAAAAUAAUGAUACAUCUGAUCAAUAUAGAUCGCGUGGCAAUGAAGCCUUUAAAAUUAAAAACUACGAGGAAUCGCUAAAAAUGUAUACUCAAAGUAUAAUGACUGCAGAAACUGACUCUCUUAAUUUUGCAUUGUCAGUGGCAAAUAGAUCUGCAGCUUUAUAUUAUUUAGGAGAGUAUGAACAUAGUUUAAAAGAUAUUGAUCAAGCAUUUAAAUCCAAAAGGUAUCCAUUGCAGAAUAAUUACAAGUUAUUUGAAAGAAAAGGAAAUUGUUUCCGUCAGAUGAAUCAUACGUCUCUUGCAUUAGAAUUGUAUUCGGUACGUAACAUUUUUUAUUUAAUUUUUGUCAUUAAUAUAAUUUAUAAUACACAUUUAACAUUUGCCACCAAAGAAAAAAUAAAAACUAGAAUAUCGGGAUUUGUAAAAAAUUGUGAAUUAGUAGAAGAAAAAACAAAGAAAAAUAAAAUAAAAUAUGAAAGUUUCACAAAACUUAAAUUCGUUAAAAAUUCUGGUUUAUCGGAAUGUGUUGAAAUACAAAAUUCAAAAGAAAUGGGAAGAGGAUUAUUCGCAUCAAAAAAUAUUAAGCCUGGUGAAAUACUCAUUGUCGAAGAGCCUACUGCUGGUGUAUUUAAAAAUAGUAUGUGGAUUUUCAACUGCGAUUAUUGUUUCAAACGAUGUUUAUCGGCCAUACCGUGUUCCAAAUGUUCACAUGUCGUCUACUGUGAUGAGACGUGUCUGCGCAAAGCCCACACCAGUUACCACGGUAUAGUAUGUUCAUUAGUCUAUCCUCUCAAAGCGGACCCAACUGUUGAACCCACUCACGAUCUGGCUUUACGUUGUUUUGUUCAACUUAUAAAUGUAAUGGGCAUCGAACAUUACUGCUCUAUGGUACGAAAGUAUAACGAACCAAACUUUAGUUUUGACGAAAGCACCAAUAAUUGCUUUAUGGACAAUACUUUUCACUCGGUCUAUGCACUUGAUGGAAACGAGACCAAAAGGACCGUAUCCAAUUUAUUUUUCAUGCAUUGCACUGCGUCAAUGAUGGUGUCUCUGUUGUCGUUAAAUGAAUAUUAUGAUAUACCGUCAAAUUUGCUGGGCACUGUUGGUGCAUCUUUGGUUCAUUUGCUGUGUAUAGCCAACUUGAACUCGUACGCGUCCGUAGAGCUUUCCAAAUACAUCGGCAAGAGCAGUAACAAUGUCGUCUCGAAUCGACCAGCGACUUAUGAUUCCGUCGCGCUUGUCCUAUGCUCUGCGUACAGUUUGAUCAAUCAUUCGUGCGAUCCAAAUGUGAUUGUUCAAACGUAUAAUGGUGUAGAAGUGACUCGAGCAAUAAAACCGAUUUCAAAAGGAUCUCAACUAUUCACUGAUUAUGGCGUCAAAUUUAUGUCACACGACAAAAAAGAACGCAGUAUACAUUUAUUUGAUCAAUACCAAUUCCAAUGUCAGUGCCAGGCGUGUGUGAACGAUUGGCCAAUCUAUGCACCACUGGAACUCGAUAAAUUAUUUAUUAGCAAUGAUCCACUGCUUAUGAAAGACGAGAAUGGCGAUAACCACCUGAGUAUUCCAAAAACGACUUUAUCCAAAUUCAAUGAAAUUGUAGAUUUAUUGAUACAACGUAAGGUAAAUAUUGAUUGUUUAGGUUUUUUAUUUUCAUUUUUAGAUUUUUUGUACUCUAAUUUUAAAAAACCAUCUACCAUUCACUAUAAAUGUGUUCAAUUAGUUCAAGCAUGUUUGUAUUAUACUUCAGAUCAAGUACAUUAUGUCAUAGAACAAUAA